AUGAGCUCCCAAUUCAACUACACAGUUGCCCCGCACCUUGAAGAAUUCGCCGUCCCAUUUCCCACCUUCCGCGCCGCCAACCCCAAAUAUGCACACUUCGUAGGCGGCGGCCUGAUAUUUUCACGAACCGCAGUGCCAGGAGACCGGGGAAUCAAGAACGGGAUAGAGGGGGAGAAGCAACCUUUCCGUCUUCUCCUUCUCCAGCGUGCCUUUGAAGACUCUUACGGCGGACACUGGGAAGGACCUGGCGGAUCCUGUGACCCUGAAGAUGAGACGCUACUAGAUGGAGUCGCGCGUGAGAUUUUUGAAGAAGCCGGCUUGCAUGUCUCGAGGUUCGUCGAGCUUAUUGCGAAAGAUGAGUGGGCGAAACUGCGACCGGACCGAGUCGAUAUAGUGGUCAAAUAUACGUUUCUUGUGGAAGUACAUGAAGCGAAGCCUGUCAUUUCUGGAGACGGACACGAUGAGAGUCGAUUACCGGCCAAUAAGCUGGAUAAUGGGACUGUGAUUCCUGGUUUAGAGACAAGCUGGGAGCAUAGAAUCAAGUUGGACCCUGCGGAGCACCGGGCGUUUGAGUGGGUUACUGAAGAGGAAAUCAGACAGGGCGAAGAAGAUGAUUCAGGGAAAUUCAAAUCGUUUGCGAAUCAAGGGAAGACGAUGUUGGAUGCAUUUCAGAUGCUAAGAGAAAGACCUCUGUUGGCUUAG